GUCAAUGCACCUCUCAGCUAACUACUAAUUACUCCUCUCCCUCGCAGCGAUCUCACUCGCUCUCUCUCUCUCCAACUCAGCUCAUUCCGAUCCCCCCAAUUCCCAUUCCCGAUGGCCUCCAAGUCCAAAAUCCUCUUCAUCGGCGGCACCGGCUACAUUGGAAAGUUCGUCGUCGAGGCCAGCGCCAAGGCCGGGCACCCUACCUACGUUCUGGUUCGAGAAGCUUCCCUCUCCGACCCGGCAAAGUCCAAAGUCAUCGAGAACUUCAAGGCUCUGGGCGUCAAUUUCGUCCUGGGUGAUCUGUACGAUCACGAGAGCUUGGUGAAGGCGAUCAAGCAAGUCGACGUGGUGAUCUCGACGGUGGGGCAUGGUCAGUUGGCUGAUCAGGGAAAGAUCAUUGCUGCCAUCAAAGAAUCAGGCAAUGUUAAGAGAUUUUUCCCGUCGGAGUUUGGAAAUGACGUCGAUCGAAGUCACGCUGUUGAGCCUGCCAAAUCGGCGUUUGAGACCAAGGCCAAGAUUCGCAGAGCUGUGGAGGCUGAGGGUAUUCCGUACACCUAUGUGUCCUCCAACUUCUUUGCUGGUUACUUCUUGCCUACUUUGAACCAGCCCGGGGCUACUUCUGCUCCUAGGGACAAAGUCGUCAUUUUGGGCGACGGAAACCCUAAAGCAAUUUUCAACAAGGAAGACGACAUUGGGACGUACACAAUUAGGGCAGUGGAUGAUCCAAGAACCUUGAACAAAGUCCUCUAUAUCAGGCCCCCUGCCAACACCAUUUCAUUCAAUGAGCUUGUCUCUCUUUGGGAGAAGAAGAUUGGCAAAACCCUCGAGAGAAUCUAUGUCCCGGAGGAGCAGCUGCUCAAGCAAAUCCAAGAGGCAGCGGUGCCGCUCAAUGUGAUACUAUCAAUUAGUCACGCAGUUUUUGUAAAGGGAGACCACACUAACUUUGAGAUCGAGCCUUCGUUUGGCGUGGAAGCCACUGCUCUUUACCCUGAUGUCAAAUACACCACAGUCGACGAGUACCUCAACCAGUUUGUCUGAGAUUUGGAAGCCUGUUGAUGGUUUUAUACGAGUGAAACUGACUAUCGAGUGUUGAUGGUUUUAUGCGAGUGAAACUGGCUAUCGAGAUUUGGAAGCGUGUUGAUGGUUUUAUAUGAGUGAAACUGGCUCUUUGCAAAUAAAGAGUAGGUAGUUUGAUGAUUAGUGUAUCUCAGGUUGUGUGGAAAUAACUAGCAUAUGGGGAUGGCUACUUCCCCUUUGUCGCAUCUUUGUUUGUCGCAUCUUUGUUCAACUCUCUGUACUACCUUUUGGUAAAAUGACAGGAAAGACCUGGGUUGUAGAUUUCUUCCCCUUCA